ACAAGGAAGUGACGUAAUCUAUUUGCGCGUGAUUGCGGCGGGCCACGCGCACUGCGCGCUCACAACAGUCAGUUGUUUUGGAAAGGGCAGGGGGCGGAGCCUCGGAGAAAACACGGAAGAAGAGGAGCACCUGGACACCGGAGGGAGGCUCCUGCUGCUCCUGCUGCUCCUCCUCUGAAGAACCUCGGAGAACCGAGACAGAUCUGGAUCAGGAAUGACUGCAGCUCGGUUCUAUGAUCCAGCUGAGGAGCAGUGAGGAGGAGGAGGGCUGCUGGGAAAUCUCGGCGCUCCGACAGGCGGCGCUCCAAAACGAUGCCCGCCUCCUGGAGGAGAUGCUGUGCCAGGAGGUGUACAGGAAGGUCCUGAACUGCAGAGGCGGCUGGGGCGUGGCGGCGACGCCGCUGCACGCCGCUGUGUCCCGAGGUCACCUGGGCUGCCUGCAGGUGCUGCUGGGCCACGGCGCGCUGGUGGACUGCGUGGACGUGAAGGCGCAGACGCCGCUCUUCGCCGCCGUUCGUGGGAAGUACCUGGACUGCGUGUUGACGCUCCUCCGAGCCGGCGCCGACCCCAACGGGAACCCGUCCAACAACUGCUCGCCAGUGCUGAGCGCGGCGCGAGAGGGGGACGUGGAGAUCCUGCGGCAGCUGCUGAUCCACGGCGCCGAGGUCAACUCGCGCUCCAAGGUGUUGCUGUGGACCUGCAGCGCCAGGGUGUCCAGCGGGCCGCUGUACCUGGCCGCCGUGUACGGUCACAUGGACUGCUUCAAGCUGCUGCUGCAGUUCGGCGCAGACCCCGACUACAACUGCGCAGACGUGCAGCUGAGGAGCUCCGGCAAGCAGCCCAAAACCGUGCUGGAGAUGUGUCUGCGGCACGGCUGCGGCGUGGAGUACGUGCAGCUGCUGAUCGACUUCGGCGCCAACGUCUACCUGCCCACGCUCAUCAUCGAGAAGUCCACCAAGCAGAACGAGGCGGUGGAGCUGCUGCUGCAGGAGCGAGGAACGCCGAAAGCUCUGACGUCUCAGUGCCGGCUGGCCGUGCGGCGGUACCUGAAGAAGAUCAACCGGAUCCAGAGCAUCCAGCUGCUGCAGAUGCCCACCAGUCUGCAGAACUUCCUCCAGCAUGAAGCCCAGCUGUAGAGGAGCCGCAGGCUCUGCCUGGUUCUGGUUCUGUUGGGAUUAAAGGAGUGGAAACGGGC